AUGACCGAGGCUUCCACUGAUGAUACGCUUCAAAUGUUCUUCAAUGAGGAAUUCAGUCCGGCUAGCUACGUGGAUGCAUUGUACCUGCUGAUCUCGGGACAUACUGACCGCUACUCCACGCAGAAAUUAGGCACAAUCAACACCAAGACCCAAGAGCUCUUGACGCAUUUGGACUACAACACAAGCGAGCUUUUGCACGAACUUGAAAAGAAAAUGGAACUAUUGAAAAAACUGCUGAGCCCCAUCGGCGUGUCCGAGUAUGUGCUGGCAGAAGAAAGCUUAGGGACGGCCGGCUCCGAUACCUCUCGUCUUCAAUACUAUGUGGCCUCUUUGAAGAAUGCCGUAGAAACACUCAGUGCAGAUGUUGCAGCCGUGAAACAUGAAGCCGGAAAACCGGCAAUAGAUGAGUCCCUGGAAGCCGGCCACGCCGAUCCUGUUGACGCCUUGAUUCUGUUGAAACAGGUGAAGGCCCGCAUACUAGCAGUAUAUCACGUGAUCCAGAAUGCCCAGCGAACCGUCAGCAAGCCAACAGAGUCGGUGAUUUUGGACGAUGAGUUUCUGGCCACGUUGCUGCUGCUACACGAAAGCUUAAGAAGCAGACUACGCGAAGGCGGCGACGAAGAACGCGCAGAAGUAUCCGACACUGUGAGGGAGCUACGCUCAUGGGUACCUAUGUUCCAGCCGUUCACGAGAUUCGGGCCCCCCUUCGUCAAGUUCGUCGUCAAGAUGGAAAAUGAGCUAUAA